AUGAUAACUCUAGGAUAUUGGGGAGUUAGAGGUUUAGGAGAAUCUGUUAGAUAUUUACUUGCCUAUUUAAAUGUAGAUUAUAAACACUAAGCUUAUUAUAAUCCUUAAGAUUGGUUUGCUAAGGACAAGGCUUAACUUAAAAUAGAGUUUUCAAAUCUUCCCUAUCUAAUAGAUGGAGAGUAGAAAAUUACUGAUUCCUAUGCAAUAUCGAUCUACAUCAUAAGAAAGUAUCAUAGAGAAGACUUAUUAGGAUAUUCAGAAGACGGAAGCUACAAUGAAAGAGAAGUUAAAAUUGCUUAGCUAAUCGGCGUUACAAGAGAUAUAUUUUAAUAAAUAGUACAUAUCUGUUUCAGCCCUUAAUUUGAUAAGAUAAAGGAUUAGGCUUUCGAAAAAGGACAAAUAUUUCUCAAUCAGCUAACUGAUUUUCUUGGUGACAAACAAUUUUUACUUGGUCAUUUAAGUUUAGCAGAUUUUCUGUUUUAUGAAGCACUCACUUAUUAUUAAGUCCUUCAUUCUUAAUCUAUUACCUAAAGGCAUGAAGAGUAUAUGCAUUAAUUUGAAAGUCUUCCUGGUAUUAAAUAAUAUUUAAACUAUGCUAGCAAAAACUUUAAUUCGUUUUUGUUAAAUUUAAAGUAAUAGUAACAGUAAUAACAAUAAAAAAUUUCUUUAUGA